CUCGUCGUGGUAAAAUGGUUUUGUUAAGUACUGUUCUCCAUUUUAAAUUAAUAUAUAGAAGUAUCAGUUCACGAGCUUUCAAUUGGUAUGAAGAAGGAUUACAUUAUCAUGGUUUUAAAUAUUAUCCAAAAAAAGCUGUGCGCACUGACUGCACCACAAAUCCUGCAAAGUUAUUUAGAGUGGAAUUAAAAAAACCAUUUAGAGGAGCACCUUAUUGGGAAAAGCACAUCAUAAAAGAAUUUCAACUUGAUAAAAAAGUAAAUUCAUAUACCAUAGUAAAGAACAUCCCAGAAAAUAACCAGAGGCUAUGGAAAAUAAAAUACAUGAUUAAUAUAACCCCUAUUACAUUUCCUAAUGGAUUUCCAGAUAUUACUGAUUUAACAUAUCUUCAAGAAAAUGGCAAAUUAAACAUUAUCAAAAAGGAUGCAGUUCAUAAAGACCAACUAGGUGCAUCCGAAAAUUUCAGAAAUAAUCGAUAUCGUUUAGAUGGUGAUACUCUAAGAAGACAUUCAAGACGAAAAUGGUUAAGUGGUUGGGAUUCGCCAUAAGUUUCAAUUGGUUUUAAAAAUAAAUAAUAAUAUUUUUCUUAAUAAAUGUUAUGUUAUGAUCUGAAUUGAUUGUAUUUAGUUUUGUAUGUCAAUAUUCCUUAUGUUUUAUAGUUU